AUGCAGGAUGCCUGGAUCUAUAAAAGCCCAGCCCUCCAUGCUCCCAGGAUCAUAGUGCAAUAUCCUUUAACCUAUAUUGUUAUGUUUCUUCUACACCACAAGGAUACAGCUCGAAAUCCUAUAAACAAAAUGCCCUUUUAUUACCAGUCCUCGGGAAAAGGUGCACCAAUAAACUAUGAUGUGCAGCAGAUUCGACAAAUUUUCCUUGAUUGCGAUAUUGACGGUAACAAAGUCCUUAGCAAGGAAGAGAUAAAACAUGCAUUUGCUCGCUUGGGUGCGGCUAUCCCUGGUUAUAGAGCAUGGCGAGGGCUCCAGCAUGCUGACGCAAACAACGAUGGAUGCAUCAGUAUGGAUGAGCUGGACGAACUUGUUCGAUAUGCUAAUGGACUUGGAUACAAAAUCAAGUAG